CUCUCCUCUUGUCUCUCUCUUCUUCUCUCCUCUUGUCUCUCUCUUCUUCUCUCCUCUUGUCUCUCUCUUCCUUCUCUCCUCUUGUCUCUCUCUCUUCUUCUCUCCUCUUGUCUCUCUCUUCUUCUCUCAUCUUGUCUCUCUCUUCUUCUCUCCUCUUGUCUCUCUCUUCUUCUCUCCUCUUGUCUCUCUCUUCUUCUCUCCUCUUGUCUCUCUCUUCUUCUCUCCUCUUGUCUCUCUCUUCUUCUCUCCUCUUGUCUCUCUCUCUUCUUCUCUCCUCUUGUCUCUCUCUCUUCUUCUCUCCUCUUGUCUCUCUCUUCUUUCCAUUCCUCUUAUCUUUCCGUGAUGGCUUGGAUAGAAGUGGAACAGAAAGUGUUCCUGUGUCCAGGUAUCCUACGAGGCGUGUACCAGAGUGAACACCUGUUUGAGUCCGACCACCAAUCAGGAGCCUGGUGUAAAGAUCCAUUCCAGGCCUCUGAUAAGAUUUACUACAUGCCCUGGACUCCCUACCGCACGGACACUCUCACAGAGUACUCCUCCAAGGAGGACUUCAUCGCAGGACGACCGACGACCACGUACAAGCUGCCUCACCGUGUCGACGGGACCGGCUUCGUGGUCUACGACGGGGCUUUAUUCUUCAACAAGGAGCGGACGCGCAACAUCGUCAAGUUCGACCUCCGCACGCGGAUCAAGAGCGGCGAGGCCAUCAUCGCCAACGCCAACUACCACGACACGUCGCCGUACCGCUGGGGCGGCAAGUCGGACAUAGACCUCGCCGUCGACGAAAUGGGCCUCUGGGUUUUGUACGCCACGGAGACGAACAACGGACGCAUCGUGGUCUCGCAGCUCAACCCUUACACGCUCCGCAUAGAAGGCUCCUGGGACACCACCUACGACAAGCGGACCGCCUCCAACGCCUUCAUGGUGUGCGGCGUGCUCUACGUGGUGAAGUCCGUCUACGAGGAUGACGACAACGAGGCCACGGGGAACAAGAUAGAUUAUAUGUACAGCACCACCCAGA